CCCCAGAGAGCAAAAAAGACUGAAACUUUGGAGUCAAAUUGAUCAAAAUUCACAGAGGCCAUGCCAUCGUUUCAAGGCCGGGUCUCUAAGCUCAUCAUCUCCUCCAUUUCCAACCGAUCUCAGCCCUCUAGCUCGUUGAUAAAACUACGUUGUUUUAGCUCCGAUACUGAUCGCCGCCGCCGUGAAAUGUCCCCGCCGGAGCCGAUACCCAAUAGGCCAUUAAGAGGCCAGAGACCAUCGAAUCCCCAGCCCAAUUUCGAAAGAAGAAGAGAGAGCCCUCCCAAUUUGGAGAGGAAGAGGGAAAACCCUAGUCCGCCAUUGCAAGACAGCAGCUUUCUCGAGAAGCUCAAGAUGGGUCUGGAGAAGUCGAAGAAGGAGAAGCCCCAGGAGGCGGUGGAGUCGCCGCCGGAGGAAGCAAAUGAGAUAUUCAAGAAGAUGAAGGAGACUGGUUUGAUUCCCAAUGCGGUGGCAAUGCUUGAUGGGCUGUGUAAAGAUGGGCUGGUACAGGAGGCAAUGAAGCUUUUCGGGUCGAUGCGCGAAAAGGGGACUAUUCCUGAGGUGGUGAUAUACACUGCUGUGGUGGAAGGGUUUUGUAAAGCCCAGAAGCCGGAGGAUGCAAAGAGGAUUUUCAGGAAGAUGCAGAGCAAUGGGAUUAUUCCGAAUGCGUUUAGUUACAAUGUGGUUGUGCAGGGGCUGUGCAGGUGUGGUGACAUGGAGGAGGCUGCUGAGUUCUGUGGGGAGAUGUUGGAAGCGGGCCACUCGCCGAAUGUGGCGACUUUUGUGGGGUUGGUUGAUGGGGUGUGUAAGGAGAAUGGGGUGGAGGGAGGUGAGAAUGUGAUUGGGAAGUUGAAGCAGACGGGGUUUGUGGUUAAUGAGAAGGCUGUCAGGGAGUUUUUGGAUAAGAGGGCGUCGUUUUCGCCAGUGGUGUGGGAAGCUAUCUUUGGGAAGAACCAUUCAAAGAAAAUUUUCUGAGUUUUGUUGUGUCUUUGGAGCAUAAGAAAUUGUAAGUUUCUCUGUUCUGGUCUCCAUCAUAAAGUAUUGAGUUUCUUUGGAUAUGUUAAAACACUGCAAUGCAGCCCCUGUUUUAUGAGGGGCAGCAUGAGAAGAGCAUCAGUGUCACAAAUGGAAAUUCACUUUUUGUUAA